AUGACUAUCAAUUGCUCGAGUACCCAUCCUCUGUUAGCGCAGGUUCCACUUACAGUCUCACCGUUCGUGUCUCUUCCUACUGCGACUACUCUUCCAUACACAUAUAAGACGUUACUUUCAACAUUACCCCCAUCAUCUACGGGAACUUCAGCAUCGUCCAGCGACGGAAAACCUAAAUAUGUCGUAUCAUCAUCGGGCCAUGCCGCACAUCCAGAUGAGAUAAUUGCGUCUUGCAAAGCAUUGCAAACUUAUAUCCAAAAGGUCCAAGACGAUGCCGACAGGGAGUUAAAAUCAUGGGAAAAUGCGAUGGCUGCAAGAGAUUUGGCAGAGAAGCGCAGAGUAGCUCCUGGGUGGUUGGACAGCGAUGCGCGAAUAUUGGAACCAGAGAAGAAGACGAUUGAAGGAGGUGGAAACCUUAUGGAUGUUGAUGUAUCAAGCAAUGAUGCUACAAGCCUGGCACAAACACCCGUUGCCAUGCCGAAUCAAGAAGGUGCUGAACUUGAUAGAGCGUUUGGUGGAUUGGCUUUAAACAAAUCAUGA